AUGUCUAUCGAUGAUGAUUCGCUCUAUCUCUACCAUCUCACGCUAAGGGCUCCUUCCAAUUUCACGCUGUCGGUGUUAGGGCAGUUUUUGGGCGAAAAGAAGUCACAGGAGAUUCUAGUAUCAUCCGUUAGCACUCUUCAAUUGUUACGUCCGAAUGCCGAAACUGGCAAGAUAGAAGUGGUGGCGAGUCAAAAUACUCUCGGUGUAAUACAUAAAAUUGAAAAGAUCCGAAUCGUGGGUACUCAAAAGGACCUAGCAGUUGUAGUAGGAGAGUCUGGAAAAGUGGUGUUUCUAGAGUUUGACGUAGAUUUGCAUAGGUUUGUGCCUGUUUUACAAGAACCGUAUGCAAAGACAGGAUUUGGAAGAGUCAAUCCAGGAGAGUACCUUGCUGUAGAUCCUCAGAGUCGCUGCAUUUUUCUUGGUGCCAUAGAAAGAAACAAAUUGAUUUUCAAAGUAGAGACAGACUCUCAAGGAAAGGUAGAGCUCUCUUCACCUUUAGAGGCACACUCGAAACAUACUUUGACAUUAAGUGUCGUAGCGUUGGAUACUCAGUUUUCCAACCCUGUUUUCGCUGCCAUUGAGUGCGAUUAUUCUAACUACCACAGUGAUGGAAAGGUUCAGUUCGAUGCGGAUUCCUCGCCUCUUCUACUCAAUUAUUACGAGCUUGACCAGGGGUUGAAUCAUAUAGUCAAAAAAAAGUCCACAAAUACCAUUCCUUCAUCGGCUACGCAUUUGAUCCCAUUACCGAGCCAUGUUGGUGGGGUUUUCGUCUGUUGCAAAAACUAUAUCAUAUAUGAUAAUCUUCAUAAAAAUCUCGAAAGACUCUAUCUUCCUUUACCACUUAGAAAGGACAGCGAAUAUACCGUAGUUGUCAGUCAUGUCGUCCAUAAAUUGAAAAAGAACAAUUUCUUUGUUUUACUUCAAUCUUCUAUGGGUGACUUAUUCAAAGUGACUGUUGAAUACAACAGCGACAAAGAGUUGAUUGAGGAUAUUCAGAUCGGCUAUUUUGACACCAUUCCCGUUUCAUCGUCGUUGAACAUUUUGAAAAGUGGAUUUCUCUUCGCAAAUGUGUUGAACAAUGACAAGCUCUACUACCAGUUCGAGAAAUUGGGAGACGACGACGAAAAUAUUCAGUUGAAAGCAUCUCCUGAUAUUUCAUCUAUUGACGAAGAAGAUAGAAGCAACAGAACAUUUACAGUGAAAGCUCUCGACAACUUAGCAUUAGUAGAGAUUUUCACUUCUCUCAGUCCGAUAACUGAUGCUGGCAUUGUGGAGUCGAUUUCUAGUGGUACAGCUGACUCAUUACAACAGAUGAUUACCGCAUCUUCACAUUCGCAUUUGAAAUCACUAGUACAUGGAAUUCAAACCUCGACUCUUGUAUCUUCACCAUUGCCUAUCAUCCCAACUGGAGUGCUCACAACGAAGUUGUUUGCAGAUUCUCGUAGCGAUGAAUACUUGGUCAUAUCCUCCACAGUAGCUUCCCGAACUCUUGUAUUGUCUAUUGGCGAGGUAGUUGAAGAAGUCGAAAACUCUCAAUUUGUCAAUGAUCAACCUACUCUUGCAGUUCAACAAGUAGGGACUUCUUCAGUAGUUCAAAUCUACACAAAUGGGAUACGACACGUAAAACACACAAGAACCGAAGAUAAAGAACAGUCUAUAUCCAGAAAGAUCACAGAUUGGUAUCCGCCGGCUGGCAUCACUAUUGUCAAUGCCAGCACUCACAGGGAACAGGUGAUCAUUGCUCUUUCAAAUGCCGAGAUUUGCUACUUUGAAGUAGAUGCCACAGACGACCAGUUAAUAGAGUAUCAAGACAGAGUAGAAAUGUCUAAUUCAAUUACAUCGAUCGCUAUAUGCGAGGAGACAGCAAACAAAAAGAACUUGUUUGCUGUAGUUGGCUGUUCUGAUGAAACCAUUCAGGUUUUAUCUUUGCAACCACACAAUUGUCUUGAGACAUUAUCGUUGCAGGCUCUUUCAGCUAACAGUACUUCAUUGCUGAUGCUCCAGAACGACAACACAACAAUGGUUCACAUUGGAAUGGACAAUGGACUUUAUGUUCGGACUUCUAUAGAAGAAAUCAGUGGAAAUCUAUCUGACACUCGCAUAAAGUAUCUUGGCUCCAAGCCCGUGACUUUAUCAGUAACCAAAUUACCAAAUGGAAGCAAAGCGAUUUUGGCUAUCUCCUCCAGACCUUGGAUUUGUUACUACAAUAGGAGCGAGUUCAAAGUCACUCCUCUCCUUGGUGUCAAAAUCUUGAAAGGAGCAUCUUUCAGUUCUGAGGACAUAGGAGGUGAAGGAAUUGUUGCUCUAUCUGACAACAAUUUAAUUGUCUUCACUAUAGGCAAAGAAGACGUAGAGUUCGAUAUAAACCAGGACGUCAAUAUUGAAAAAAUCCGUUUAAGGUAUACACCCAGGAAGUUAAUUAUAGACGAUGACGGAAAGAGCUCUAAAGUAAAUUACAUAUAUGCCUUACAGUCAGAAUACGGAACUAAGAGUCCAUUCUCACCUUCAAACUUGAAUUCGGAAGAUGACCCUGAAAGUGAAAUAGACCAAGAUUAUUACGACGCUUUUGGCUAUGAGACUGAAGUUGAUAAAUGGGCAUCAUGCAUUCAAGUGGUAGAUUUUGAAAAUCUGAGUAUCAUUCAAACAGUUGAGUUCUCUAGCAACGAGAGUGCUAUAUCCAUGGCAAAAUUGCACUUUGUAUCGUCAGGCAAGGGUAAUAUGGAACAUUUAAUUAUUGGAGUUACUACAGAUAGGAAGUUUCUCAAAAAUUCAGUUGGGAAAAGUUACCUAUUCACAUUCAAAAUCCAAAAGAAUACCAGAAAAUCCAAUAAGAAAAGACUAGAGUAUCUUCAUAAGACAGAGAUAGAUUGUUCACCUACAGUGAUGAUUCCUUUUAAUGGAAGAUUGUUGGUUGGCAUGGGAAAGUAUUUACGACUUUAUGAUAUUGGACAUCGCCAAUUGCUUCGAAAAUCGUCUACAAAUAUUGACUACAUUUCUUCUAUAGUAGACCUUGUACAUACUGGAGGAGAGAGAAUAGCAUUUGGAGAUUCUCAUUCGUCCAUUGUAUUUGCCAAGUUUGACUCUGCUGAGAACAGAUUUGUACCAUUUGCUGACGACAUAAUGAAGCGACAAAUUACAGCAGUCGCAGCUUUGGAUUACGAUACCGUUAUAGGCGGUGACAAAUUUGGAAAUGUAUUCGUUUCUCGAGUUCCCGAUUCCGUUUCGAAAAAGUCUGAUGAAGACUGGAGUCUAUUGAAAGUCCAGGAAUCAUAUUUGAAUGCUUCUCCAUCUAGAACGAAGAACCUCUGUGAGUUUUUCCUUCUGGAUACACCAACUUCCUUCACCAAAGGCAGUAUGACGAUUGGUGGACAUGAUGGCAUUAUUUACACUGGUAUUCAAGGAACUGUAGGAUUGCUUUUGCCUCUUUCUACAAAGCUGGAAGUCCAGUUCAUAAACAGUUUGGAGCAAUCGUUGCGACAACAAAUGGGUUUCAAUUUACUUGGUAUGGAUCACUUGAAAUUCAGAAGUUAUUAUAAUCCAGUGAAGAACGUCAUUGAUGGGGAUUUGAUAGAGAAGUACUAUGAGCUUAGCCAAAGCUUGAAAAUAAAAAUUGCCCGUGAAUUGAAUAGAACACCAAAAGAAGUCGAGAAGAAGAUCUCUGACUUACGAAAUAGAUCAGCAUUCUAG